AUGUCGAGUCUCAUUAUCGGAAAGCCUCCCGCAGGUCUCGACCUGAGCGCGGACAGAAUCGCCCAAAAUGACGGCACUGUUGCUGCAGUCAUGGCCAUUGCUACAAUUUUUGUGGGAUUGCGAUUUUGGGCUCGAACAUUUAAUAACAGGGCCAAUUUAGCAUAUGAUGACUGGUUCCUGUUGGCAGCGCUUAUCAUUUUUGCCUACGUGGUUCUAUACGCAACAACCGUCCCCAUGGUCAAAUUAUCCGUUCUACUCCUGUACCGUCGAAUCUUCCGCCUCACUUGGUCGCUGUAUCUCUGCGCCUUCCUCUCGAUUGGAUACGCCAUUUCCGUUUCCACAACCAUCUCUCUCGCUUGUGUCCCAACAUCAUACUUCUGGACCCAAUGGGUGGAUCCUUUAAGUGGGGGACAAUGCCGGGUCAACCUGUACAAUUUUUACUUGUGGAACGGGGUUGCUAACCUGUUGACGGAUGUCAUCAUUUUAUGCCUGCCUGCGCCGAUUUUAUGGAAGUUGCAGAUGCCAAAGAGCGAGAAAUUGGCCAUUAGCGGAAUCUUUCUGCUAGGGGGCUUCGUCUGCGUGGCCACCCUUGUCCGCAUUUACACCAUCACCCAAAUGAAAGGCUCCGUGGACAUCACAUGGGUAAUUGGUGAUGCGAUGAUCUGGUCGAAUGUCGAACCCUGUAUCGGCAUCGUCAGUGCAUGUUUGCCCACGCUCCGCCCUCUUGUGCGCCAUAUUCCCAAGCUAAGCAUUUGGGAAAGUUUUAACAGCAGUCGUAACUCUAAACCGGGCACCAAGGAUACACCGGGAAGUAUGCCCGACAGUAUUUCAGCAUCCGCAAAUCGAUCUGCCUAUCGUUCUGCCAACAGUAAGCGGAAUCAAUUUCGCCCUGAAGAGGACGAGAUUUACCUGACCACCGACGUAGCACGCACCAACAGCCUACGCGGGGGGAAAAGCGCUGCUCCAUCGAAUGGCUCUACUUCUUCUAGCCAAGAUCCGGUUCCCUUGCAGAUCAGAGUGAAGCAUAACUUCGACUGGAGCGAGGAGCAUUAAUAGUUCUGGACAAGGCAUGCAUAGAUGUAUAUAAUGUUAACCUUGACAAAGAGUAUUCCGG